AUGAUCGCCAGCUCAUCAAUCGGCGAACGCCUUGGACAGGUCGUCCACAUCAUCGACCUCCUCCUCUUGUUAGUUUCGGUCGGCGUCCUUUUGAUGGAAGUCUUUGUCGGCGCGCUAUUCAUUACUAUGUUCUUUAUAUGCGGUGCACUCCUUGUCGGAGGCGUCGCAUUCCUUCGAAGUGGAGGGAGCACUGGCAUGGAAGAGUUGAAAGUUCUCUUCAUGAACAAAUGGCUCAUUGGGGCAUACAUUGUUAUCGGCGGGCUUUGGUUCUCAUACUGUGUCCUCACUUACAAAUUUAAGAACUCUGGCUUGUUCCCGCCUAAUAUGGAAUGUCGCCUGAACGGGAAUGUCUUCUGA